AAUGGACUUCUCUCUCCCGCCCCUUCUCUCUUCGUGAUGCUCCUCUGCUUGCCUUGCCCUGGUGUGGUGGUGUCUAGUCAAGUACGCUUCCGAAUUAAAAGCGCUCUGGCCUGCAACCUGCUGUCUGCUCCGUCCUCCCACGGCCGGCCGCCUGCCCGCGUCUUCUUCGCCACCCCUCUUCUCCGGUCCCGCACCUGCAUUUCUUGACCCCUUCCUCCACCGCAGCCAAACAAUGUCUCCGGCGCCGAGUUCGCAUCACUCGCAGAUCAAUUCGAGGAAGGAGAAGCGGAUGAGGAAGGUGGACACCUUCGCGCCGCACAACGAUGGCCACCAAUGGAGGAAGUACGGCGAGAAAAAGAUCAACAACACCAACUUCCCCAGGUAUUACUACAGAUGCACGUACAAGGACAACAUGAACUGCCCGGCCACGAAGCAGGUGCAGCAGAAGGACCACAGCGACCCGCCAUUGUACGCGGUCACGUACUACAACGACCACUCGUGCAACAGCGCGUUCCUCCCGCUCUCCCCCUCCGAGUUCCAGCUGCAGACCUCGUCCGGGAAGGCCGUCUCCAUCUGCUUCGACUCCUCGUCCGGGACGGCGGCGGCGGCGGCCGCCACCACCAAUGCCAGCGGCGGCUCGCCCUCUUCCAGCGCGGCGGCGGCGGCGGCGCGGCGAGGCACGCCGCCGGAAGUCAGCAACCCGCCCGUGCUGCGGCGGUCUGAGACGUACCCGUGGGGCGCCGGCGCCGUGGAGCAGAAGCCGGCGUCCUGCAGCACCGAGUACCACGACGCCUUCUCGGCUGGCGCCGCCGCCGUGCCGGAGGAGGUGGUAGAUGCAGGCAGAUUUGGAUCUAUCAGGUUCUUCCAUUUUUUGUAAAUUGAUCACUCAGUGGAAGGAAGGCAAUUGAUGCCUUUACUUCGACAAACUAAUAUGAUACAGUCAUACAGAUGUCUUCUUUUC